AUGCAGCAUAACGGACAUCGCGUUUGUAAAAUAGACCCGCUAGGAAUAACAUCCGACAUAGGUAACUUGCGUCUGGACACGCCCUUCACAAAGUUGGUGCAGAGGCAGUGGAAACAUGCUUACUUUCACGUUUCUAAUGCCGAGCGGUCGUGUCAGCAUGCUAAGCGCAGCGCCGGGAGCAACGGCUCUUGUGAUAACCUCGAAGCCUACUGCAGCCACAUCGGCGUCGAGUUCAUGUUCAUCAACAGCUACGAGCAGUGCGACUGGAUCCGGCAGCGCUUCGAGACGCCCGGCGCCACGCGGCUGUCCACGACGGAGAAGCGCUUGCUGUUUGUGCGUCUGCUACGCUCGACGAGGUUUGAGGACUUUAUGAAGGAGCAUUGGUCAGCUGAGAAGCGCUUUGGCCUCGAGGGAUGUGAGGUGUUGAUUCCCGCCAUGAAGCAGGUCAUUGACCUGUCGACUGCAUUCGGAGUCGACAGCUUUGUCAUGGCGAUGCCGCACAGAGGAAGGUUGAAUGUGCUCGCCAACGUAUGUAAGAAGCCACUGGACCAGAUCUUUUCUCAGUUUGAAACCGUUAAGCCGUCUGAAGAGGUCAGAGUGGUGGGGCCUGUUUAA